CGGGGUUCCUAUAGGCCUACGCUAUCGGUGAAGGCACACAGCUUGGAGUUGUUUCCCGGUGCUUUUGCGUAGCAACAAUCAAACGGGAAAUUUUCAAAACAUGACUGGCCAAAUCUGGACGAGUCCGCGUUUCGUUGGGAUCAAGCUUCGGGACCACCUCACACUAUCAUAAGCGCCGGGCGUACAGGAAGAUACGCGGCCGGAUGAUAGAUGCUCUGCGUUUCUACCCCUCCCCCAGAUCAUCACGUUGUUUGUUUGGUUUUGGUUCACGUUUCCCCUGACGUAAUGCUGCGGCCUGGGUUUGUGCCGGGGUAUAAAACCCAGCGCCUGGCGCGCGUCCUUACAUUUCUCCAUAAAGUGGACCAGGACGCCGAAUUGGAGAGACUACACUUUGAAGCCGGGCCAUCAUCACGCGCACAGCGGCAGACUACACCAAAGAAGAGAAGAAAAUUAGUUGUUCGCGGUGGGUCAGCGAGACAAGAUGGAAGCCACGCUGCGAUGCAUCUUGGGAGCUGUGGUAAUUUUCAGUGCGGCAACAACCGUCCUCGGAUCAGUAGACCACAGAUGCAGACGGACAUACCAGUACCGGGCCGCGGAGGGAUACACGACGUACCACAGUCAGCGGUACACUGUCAGCUGCGGAUGGUGCGGAUGGUCUCGAUGCGCUCGGUACAGGCAAUUGUCCUCUUACAAUUACCGUACCCAACUGCGGACAAGCGCCCGCACACAGUGUUGCACCGGAUGGCGCAUGGACGGCUAUGGGAAGUGCUCGAUUCCCAUAUGCAGCCCCUCCUGUCACCCUACUCGAGGACGAUGCGUCAGGCCUAACGUCUGCCAGUGUAAUACAGGGUAUCACGGUAGAACCUGCAGCUAUGAUAUUAAUGAAUGCAUGCGAAAGUCAAAGGCUUACCCGCAGUGCGACCACAUAUGCAUCAACACGGUCGGCAGCUACCGUUGUGAGUGCCACUCGGGCUACGCACUUGACGCUGACGGACACAGCUGCACUGAUAUCAAUGAGUGCUCCAUGUCCCGCACCCAAGACUGUUACCAUAAGUGCGUGAAUACGCCUGGAAGCUACAGGUGUGAAUGCUAUCGAGGAUACACCCUUAAGGCAGGUGGAAAAGAGUGCAAAGAUGACAACGAAUGCACAGGGAUGAAUAACCAAUGCGACCAGAUCUGCAUAAAUGAACCACGAGGUUAUUCUUGCAACUGCGCGAUGGGAUACGCAUUGUCUCGUCUGUACAAUUGUCUAGACAUAGACGAAUGUGAACUGGGUGAACCAUACGAGGACUGUGACCAGAUUUGCACCAACGCCGUGGGCACGUUCACGUGUUCGUGUAACGCUGGCUACGAGCUUGGAAUGGACAAGAAGACAUGCAUCGAUGUUGACGAGUGUGCCCCGCCCAUGAACUGCGACGUGAUCAAACUCUGUGAAAGCGGAAGUCAAAAUAUGAACUGCUCUUACGUCGACGGUCACUUGGUUGACCUCAGUAGUUGCAAUGGAGGCGAAGACUGUUGUUCCAGGCUAGACUACAACUGUACCGAGUUGCAGGUCUGUCAGAGGACAUCGCAGGUCCUAACCUGCGCUUGCAUUGAUCGAGACGGACACGCCCUAACGGAAGUCGAAGAGGACCCUGGAGGCACAAGCGGCUACGACCUGUCUGUGUUGCGACGCUGUGAGAAGGUAAACGGGUAUUUCACUUGCGUCUCGGUCUCCGGCUAUGACCUCGUCAUCGACAAUGAGUUCUGCGAGGCUCUACAAAAGCAUAACUGCACGGAAAGGGAAUUCUGCAGGAACACUGUGGGUGGCUACGAAUGUCCUUGCAAGGAGGGAUACAUCCGAAACGACGAUACCCAGUUAUGCGACGAUAUCGACGAGUGCUCGACUGACUACAUGAACUGUCCGGAGGGAGAGGCCCAAGUCUGCAAGACAAGCAACGGCACCAUCCUGUGCGAGUGUCACCAAGGGGAGGCUAUCGUGUGUGAAGGUACUUGUGCCGAUGGAUGUUAUGGCCCGCUGGUGUGCUUUGAAUAUAAGUGCGCCUGCUUCGAGGGAUUCUUUCUAAACACCGACAACAAACCGUGUAUAGGUGAGGGAUGUGAUGAGGCGAUCCACGAUUGCACCGAGACGGAGAAAUGCGUGAACACGAUCGGAGGCUACAACUGCACAUGCGCAGAGGGCUACGUCAGGGAAGACAUCGUGAAUGGAACUUGCAGAGACGUGGAUGAGUGUGCAGAGAGGACUUACAGAUGCAAUCAUCUGUGCAUGAACGAGGUUGGCAACUACUCCUGCUCAUGCGUGGAAGGCUACACGCUGAGUGAGGACGGAUACACCUGCUUUAUGCCAUUGGCGCUCAGCGAGGCCUACAUGACGUUGUCUCAGGAGGAUGCACUCGAUGAACCGGUCGAGAUCACAAUGACGACGAACGGGUUUGCAUGGUGGCUGUUACCUCUGGGGAUAAUCUGCGGCUUUGUCAUCGUCGCCCUCAUGGCCAUUGGAAGGAACAAGUCCGCACGGUUUCGACGGGGGACAGACGUGCCGUUGAACGCUUUCCGCUCCCUUGGCGGACGUAUGGCGUCUGGGCUACGUAGCCGCCUGUCCCAUCGCGACGAGAAUCGAGAGUCCAACGUGUACAUGAGUCCUCCCUCCCAGCAGCGGGGCAAAGACGCUGCAGUGGCGUAGCUGGGAUUUUACUAGGGGGGGGCACUGACAUCUUAUGAAGGCACCAGCUUUCAGUGGUGGUGUUUUUUUUUUUUUUUUGGCGCAAAUUUUUGUUAGCCUUUUUCAUUAUCCAGUCAUCCGUUUUUAUUCAGGGCGGAGGGCACCUGGGGGCCCCCUUUUUUGGGGGGGGGGGCAAGUGCUCCCCCUCCCCCUGACUACAUCACUGACAUGCAGACAACU